AAAAAGAUGGCGGCCUGUGCGUUACGUAGAGGUUUGCUGAGCACUUUCAGUAAAUAUAACAGUAAUAAACACGCACAUAGAAUUAUAAGUUUGGCUGACAGCAGAUUCGAAAUGUAUAGACCACAGUUGGAAUGCCGAGCGUGCGGAAUAUACGGAGGGGCUGAGCAGAGGAGGCUCAUGUCGUCACGGAACAGGCCUGAAGGGAAGAUUUUGGAGACAGUGGGAGUGUUUGAGGCUCUGAAGCAGCACGGCAAAUACGAGACGGGACAGCUUUUUCUCCACAGCGUCUUUGGCUAUCGAGGUAUUGUCUUGUUUCCAUGGCACGCCAGACUGUACGAUAGAGACAUCACACCACCUAUGUCUGACAGCAAACCUGAGCCUCCUGGUGCCCAUGGCUCAAAGGAAGUGAAGGGGAAGACUCACACUUACUACCAAGUUCUGAUUGAUACUAGAGACUGCCCUCACAUUUCGCAGAGAUCCCAGACGGAAGCGGUGACGUUUCUGGCCAAUCAUGACGACAGCCGAGCGCUGUACGCCAUCCCAGGUCUGGACUAUGUGAGCCACGAAGACAUCCUACCCUACAACUCUGCAGAGCAGAUCCCCAUCCAGCAUGAGCUGUUUGAACGCUUCCUCAUGUAUAACCCUGCCAAAUCUCCUACCUUCAUUGCCAGAGACACCCUAAAAGCAUGGCAGGAGAAGAAUCACCCUUGGUUGGAGCUCUCAGAUGUCCACAGGGAGACCACAGAGAAUAUUAGGGUCACAGUUAUCCCCUUCUAUAUGGGCAUGAGGGAAGGGCAGAACUCUCAUGUAUACUGGUGGCGAUACUGCAUCCGUUUGGAGAACAUGGGCAAUGAGGUGGUUCAGCUACGAGAGAGACACUGGAGGAUCUUCAGCCUGUCUGGAACCUUGGAGACUGUCCGAGGUCGCGGCGUGGUGGGCAGGGAGCCAGUGUUGUCUAAAGAGCAGCCAGCGUUUCAGUACAGCAGCCAUGUCUCUCUACAAGCCCCCAGUGGUCACAUGUGGGGAACAUUUCGUAUCGAGAGGACUGAUGGCUCCCAUUUCGAUGUUCGCAUUCCUCCAUUCUCCCUGGAGAGCAACAAAGAUGACAAAGCCCCUCCUGCAGGCUACACUUUUUAA